AUGGAAAAUCAGAAGCUGAAGUUUCAUCACUUUAGCCAUGAACAUCCAUUGGAGCUUACAAAUUAUUCACCUUCCAAACAGAACAAAAUCUGUGCAGGGUGCAAGCUCAUGAUACAGUCCGGUAAGGACUACUACAGCUGCCCAACCUGCCCAUUUUUAUUGCACCAAGUAUGCUACAACAUGCCCCGCAAGAUGCGUCAUCCGGCACAUCCAAGCCACUACUUGAACCUCCAUCCUUCUCCUCCUUCAAGCACCAAAGGGGCCUUGAAUUGUCGGGCUUGUCGAACUCAUGUCGUGGGGUUUUACUAUGAUUGUGCCGAUUGUGGCUUUUACUAUCAUAGCUUGUGCUCGGGCCUGCCCUUCUCCAUUAAAACUUCAUCGCACCCUCAUGCAUUGAAAUUAUCAUUUUCUCCACCGUUCGAUUUGAGCUGUGAUCUCUGCAAUGAGCCUGGUUAUGAUCAAUGGCUGUAUCGGUGUCACAUUUGUGAGUUUGAUUCUCAUAUUUCUUGUGCCAUUUGUAAUAUGCAACCAGGUCUUGAACCUACCCAAAAUCCAAUUCCCCCACUGCCCACCAACGGGUUUACAAGGCAGAGCAGCUAUUCUUCAGGAGCUUCUUUCGGGAUCAAUGAGGCAGAAAAUUACAACAGUGAAGGUAAUGAACUCUUGCAUUUGGUAAGACAGAUAGUUUUUAAGGGUAACAUUAAGAGCAUUGGUGACAAAAAGGUUUCAAGUGCAGCAGUCACCGGCUGGGAUAAGAGAUUAAUUUCUCCGAAACAAGAGUUCAACGUUACAACUAGCAAACUUGGAAAUGGUGGAUCACAUCAAACGGAUGCAGACAUGGCCAUCACUUCUUUGAAUUCAGAAGAUACAGCAACUUCGGUUUCUGAAGACAUUACUUUGACUCCAAGUUAUCAAUUCAGCGAUGCAUAUUUUUCAAUAGAUUUGGCGAAGUCUUACACAUCUGAUGGUCAGAAAAUUCAAGCAAACAGGGAAGGUCCAAACCAAGGAACAUUAAGCUACACCGACAGUACUAUUCCCCCCAACAAGGUUUUCAGCAGCGCCAAACCAGCAAAGCAACCCAGUUAUGUUAAUGUAUCAGGUACUAAUUAUUCCAAUAAAAUUGGACCGGAAAAUAAGCUGAAUGAAGCAUUCUUGACUCGAAAUGACACUCUUACAAGGAAGGAAGCAGGCCCAAAGGAGAUGAAGAGAAAAGCUAGUGAUACCAUGGGGAGCUCGGACAUUGGAAAUCAGAGUACUAAAUCAGAUAUGGUAAGUGAUACCGAAUUUCAUACCAUCAGUUGA